AUGUCCAACAAGCCCAUCUUCGUGGCUACUCACCCGAGAGCAUGCUCGACGGCAUUCGAGCGAGUCUUCAUGACUCAGCGGGAAACACUGCAAUGCGUCCACGAGCCAUUUGGCGACGCCUUUUACUUCGGUCCCGAGAGACUCAGCGUCAGAUACGAGGAAGACCAGAAGGCCCGCGCAGAGAGCGGCUUUGAGAACUCGACAUACAAGUCCAUCUUCGACAACAUCAUGAAGGAGAACGAAGAGGGAAAACGCAUCUUCAUCAAGGACAUCACCCACUACCUGUCUCCCCCUGACGGCAAGCCCGCAUCCAUCGCUCCCUCAUUGAUGCAAGUCAAGCGUGGUGUUGGCACUAAUGGCAGCAACCCUUUGACGGACAUUGCCAAUGGUUCCAAGGGCUCCGAGACCAACGUUGCCGUGAAGGACUCUCCUCCCUAUCCCUAUGCCACAGAAGCCGAACCUGGAAAUCCCACCGUCGUGCCGACCGAAAUCUUGAACAAGUUCCAUUUCGCCUUCCUCAUCCGUCACCCCAAGCACAGCAUUCCCAGCUACUGGAGAUGCACUAUUCCUCCGCUCGACGCCAUAACCGGCUUCUACAACUUCAUGCCUUCUGAGGCUGGAUACGACGAGCAGCGCCGCUUGUUCGACUACCUCCGUUCUUGUGGCCAGAUCGGUCCCAAGCUUGCAGGCAAGGACGGCGAGCAGAAGAGUGGAGUUGCAGACAUCUGUGUCAUUGACGCUGACGAUCUCUUGGACAACCCAUCGGCAAUCCUCGAGCAAUUCUGCAAGAGCGUCGGUAUUGAAUACUCUCCCAGCAUGCUGAACUGGGACAACGAAGAGGACCACACCCAAGCCAAGGAGGCAUUCGAGAAGUGGAAAGGCUUCCAUGAGGACGCCAUCAACUCAACCGAGCUCAAGCCACGAACUCACAAGAAGGCCGAGAAGAGCGACGAACAGCUUUACGCCGAGUGGACCGAGAAGUACGGCGAGGAAGCUGCCAAAAUUAUCCAAAAGACCGUUGCAGACAACAUCAAGGAUUACGAGCACAUGAAGCAGUUUGCCAUCAAGGUAUAA